ACGCUAGUGCCUGGUGACGUGGCGGCCGUGUUGUGUCGGGAAGGGGCCGUGGGAGGUCCGGGAGGGUAGCGGAGGGGCGGCCCGCGGUGCUGGCGGCUGGCGGCGAUGCUGGAGAUGAUGGCAGCGGCUCAGGGCAGCUCGGGAUCGGCCAGCGGCUCCUCCGCCAGGCUGGAAGUCUCCAUCGACGGCCUGACCCUGACCCCGGACUCGGACGAUGUGGAGCCGGAGAGCAGCAGGCAGCGGGAGGCCUCGGCCGCACACCUUCCCUCCGCGGCAACGGCGGCCGAGCCCGGGCCUGGAGCAGGCCUGGGCCUUGGAGGUGGAUCGGGGGCGGAGAAACAGGACGGUGGGGAAUACACGCAGGUCGAGGAGAUGGAGAAACGAUGGGGCUUCAAUCUGAAUGAGCUCUACUGCCUGGCUCUCAAAUUCUUUAAAGAAAAAGACGGUAAAGCUUUCCACCCGACAUAUGAAGAGAAAUUGAAAUUUGUCGCCCUGCAUAAACAGAUCACAGUUGGUCCUUGCAGCCCUGAUUCUUGCCCAGAAGUUGGCUUCUUUGAUGUUCUUGGUAAUGAUAGAAGGAGAGAAUGGACUGCCCUGGGCAACAUGAGGAAAGAAAAUGCCAUGGUGGAGUAUGUCCAGUUGCUGAACAAAUGUUGCAGUCUGUUUGAACCUUAUGUCACAUCCCAUAAAAUAGAGAAGGAGGAGCAAGAAAGGAAAAGGAGAGAAGAGGAGGAGAGGCGACAAAGGGAAGAAGAAGAACGAGAACGCUUGCGGCAGGAGGAGGAGAGAAGGCGACGAGAGGAGGAAGAGAAAAGGAGGCGGGAAGAGGAGGAGAGGAGGAGGUUGGAGGAAGAACGGCUUCGAAUGGAACAGCAAAAGCAACAGAUCAUGGCUGCCUUAAAUGCACAAACUGCAGUGCAGUUCCAGCAGUAUGCAGCCCAGCAGUACCCUGGCAACUUCGAGCAGCAGCAACUCCUGAUUCGUCAGCUUCAGGAGCAGCACUAUCAACAGUACAUGCAGCAGCUGUAUCAGGUACAGCUAGCACAGCAGCAGGCAACACUACAAAAACAACAGGAGCCAAUAGUAUCAUCAACCCACAUUGGGGUAGGAGAGGUACCGACAGUGAAUGGACGGACUACUACGCAUUCAGACCUUUCAGAAAAAGAGCCAGAGCCAGAAUCUUCAGAAGAAGUGCUGGAAAAUGGACCAAAAGACACAGCUCCGGUCAUAGCUGCUCCCUCCAUGUGGACCCGACCACAAAUCAAAGACUUCAAGGAGAAGAUUCGGCAAGACGCAGACUCUGUCAUCACGGUGGGCAGGGGAGAGGUAGUAACCGUGCGAGUGCCUACGCAUGAAGAGGGUGCUUACCUCUUCUGGGAAUUUGCUACAGACAAUUAUGAUAUAGGCUUUGGUGUCUGCUUCGAAUGGACAGAUUGUCCGAAUACCACAGUGAGCGUACAUGUCAGUGAAUCCAGUGACGAUGACGAUGAUGAUGAAGACAGUCCCAGUGAAGGAGAAAAAGUCAAGAAGGAGGCCAACAAAGUACAGGUAGAUGAAGUGGUACCAGUCUACAGACGAGAUUGCCAUGAGGAGGUGUAUGCUGGAUCCCAUCAGUACCCGGGCAGAGGGGUCUAUCUCCUGAAAUUCGACAAUUCCUACUCACUCUGGAGGUCAAAAUCUGUUUAUUACAGAGUAUAUUAUACCAGAUAAAACCAAGCUUACCCAUGCUUGGCACUUGCUUCUUUUUGUUUUAUUUUGUAAACUUCAAUUUGCACAUUGUGCAUUGAAAUAAGUAUCUAAAUCAUUCUAUAUAACAAAUUGGGUGAAGGAUCUUCUACUGCAGCAAUGAGACUCACUGCCAGGAAUUGGUUUCAUUAGCCUUCUUCAGAGCCAUUACUAUGCUGACUUGUUGCUGGCACUGAUAACCAUUUGUAUGUUGCAUUUUGAAGACUGGUUAAUGCAAACGUCUGUAGUCUAUAGAGUCUUAAAGCAGAGGGUAGCUUAAUAAAGAAAUGCUUGACUGGAUGCAUUGAUAUCACCUUGUCAAUUUGCCCCAAUAAAUACCUCAGUGUAGUUAUCCCCAGUAUCAGUUCCAGCAGAUUUAAAAGCCUAGCCUGUUUUACUCAACUCUGUUGAGAAGUCUCAGUUGGGUAUGCUUCGUAAGAUGAGUUUCUUACCAUCAGAACUGGAAGUGGCAUUUCCACGAGAUGUGGUCAGGCCACAAGUUGUAUGGGGUGAAAAUCCAAGAUUGAGUAGGGAGAGAUGAGUCAGCAUUUUGUGCAUGACUGUCCUUGUGUCCAAAGCAACUCAUCAAUUGUUUUGUUUCUCGGACAAUAUUUGGCCAUCUAUUUAUUCAGCCCAAACAGAGAUGGGACUAUUGAUGGGGACUUGUGACUUCAGUCAUGCAGUGAGCGCCAAUCUUUCUUCUUUUUUUGAGUUUUUCUUAAAUUAAAUGGAAAAGCUUUUGAUGCACUCAGGAUUUGAAAUGUUCCUCGGUUAAAAACAUUGUCCUGGUUUACCUCCUUGGUCUAUCCUGUUCAGUCCAGAUAACUUGUUAUCCCACUCAGCUGGAGGGAUGCCUUGGGCCUCUUCAGGCUACUGCCUACUGCAACCUUCCCUCAGCAUUAACAAACUGGCUUCCUUUGGCACUCACCUCCUGCACUGACAGUGCCACUUGAGACCCCAGAGCCACUUGCCUGAGCUUUUCGAAAAACGCCUUGUUCUAGAGGAUAUAAUGGCCCAGGGCAGUGGAUAGUAGUACAUGACCAUGAUUUACCGGGGUUUUUUUCUUUUGAGAUUUGACUUUACAGUUUUCAGAAACAUCCCUUCUUAAAACCCCAUCCCAGGCAUCCCCAGCCGAAAACCAUUCCAUGCCAUGAGAUAUACAGUUAUGAUAGUGAGCAGCUGCAUUUUCUACUUUACUGAGCUGCUUGAUCUUGACAACAGUAAUCAGGAAGCUGUUUCCUCCGUGUUUCUGGGUGAGCUGAAACAGGGUUUGAUGUCCUUCUCUCUAUCCAGUGAUUCCCUGCUGCUGGUUGUUAGGUGAGAACAGGUUAAGCUUUCUGUGAUGUACUGUGUGCUUCGUACUGCUGCCAGUCUGUCUGGACUUUGCAAGUCAGGGUUUUUAUUUAUAUAUACCAGUUGUCAUGAAUCAAAGCGGCAAAACAGUGCUGCGCCCCAUCAGUCCAGCCUCAUUGACUUGAGUGGAGACCCGAAUCCAGCUUAAGAGGUGAGUUUCUUGAGCCCAGCCUGACUAUUGUGCUGAAACCUGAACAGUUUUGACCUGGUUUUCACUUCAACUUCCUACUGUAUCCCAAUUGUUGAUCACCCACUCCUGGUACAGAGUACUCUGUCCACAGGGGUUUUUUUUAAUGACCUUCAUCGGUUAUUUGCAGUUGUGCUCAUUUCAGAGAGUGAGCAGCCCAGCAAUUAAUUGGUGUGUUGAGAUGAAGGAUUAAAAUCGGGAGAACAGAUAUAGUGAGCAGCCCUCCCUCACAGAUGAGUUACCCUCAUUGACAUGAAGAGAAUAGUGUAGUGUCUGACAAUUUCAUUCCUUGUGAUACAGGAAGGCUCUUGUUUUCUGUACUCUCCAUAAGGAUUUGCCUUUCACUAUUUUUAUUUUCAACAAAGCUGUUUGUGUGCAAGCAUAAAGGGGUUUAUACGUUACAUUGAUAAAGAAAUGCUUAUAAACUUGAUGGAUCUCACAUGGUAAUGCUCACUGAACCUUUCUCCCUGUGAAGAUGAUGAGGGAGAGGGGUAACAGCUUCUAAAUUCUUGAAAUUGACAAGUUGAAUGCAAGUUUUGGUUUCUAACUCAGAAGAUAUCAGCCUGUGCACUUUUUCCUUAAACUUAAGAGGUCUGCAUCACCUAGUAGAAGUUAUAUAGGAAGGCCCAUUUGAAGUGUAGACUUUGAUAUAUAACUUGCAUCACAUAGUAGCAUCACUGUUUUAUUCAGGUGAUCGGGAGCUGCAGCUUGUUUCUGGAAGACCUUGUUGUCACCAAAGCAUCUUAAUUAAAAAAUAGCUUCAGAUUUCCUUUUGAAAUCACUUCUUUCAUUUCUUGGAGUGAGCUUCUGUUGUAGCAGUAUAGCUGCGACCUGUACAGUUCUGAGAUGGCAGUUGUUUCUACAGGCAGUGCUUUUGUUUUUUUUCUCUCUCUCUCUUCCCUGCCCGCCCUUAUAUAAAUAAUCAUUUUGUUAACGCUUGUACAUAAUGCUUUUCCCUGAUUCCCUUUUUUGUGCAUUGUAUUUACUGCUGUUUUCCUAAUUGCAGGCACCAACUAUUUUAUAUGGUUUGAAUUAGUCUGAUUUUCAGAGAAACAGAAAUGCAAUGGACUCUCAUUUAACAGGGUGUGUUGCUGGAAAUGUGGCCUGAUGUUCUGAGAUGUUACUCUGAUAGAGAGGUUUCCCAGAAUAUUAAACUUGGAAAGAUUU